CAGACAGACAAAUAAAUACAGACAGAUAGAUGCUAUCUAUCCAUUCCUGCCUGCCCGUCUGCCAGCCUGCCUGCUGGCUGUGUACCCACCACACAGCACCGUCACGGGGGGGAAACGGCCGAGCGGGACAGAAACCAACCUAUCUACUGUCAUGGUGCUAUUCACCCACCCCCUCACGCGUGUCCCUCUAGCUCCCCCUCAGCCGGCGUCUCAUCGGUCAAGGCACCACAAUCACGAGGGCCAUGCACCACCACACGUCCGCCGCCCUCCGACCCCGAUGGGUGUGGUGGUUCGGGGUCGGCCAGGAGGAUGCAGUUGGACGGGUGGGAGGCGUCACCAAGAGGCACGUCAGGCAAGAAGGCAAAGCCUGCACAGGGACAGACAGACCAAGAGAGAGAGACAUGCUUAUCAACUGACUCAUCUGUGUGUGUGUGGGGGGGGGGGGGUCAUACUUUGGCAGUGUUGGCGGCGAGAACACAUGCCUUGACAGUCGGCUGGGUCAAUGGCUGCCAGGUACUCCACCGCUCGGCCCGCUGCCACGCCAUCCAGCCCAUCAGACGACUGGCCCCGGCUGAAGCCUGCAUGCACCCAGCUAGGUAGACAUGGACGCACAGCGGGCUGGCUGGUGGGUGGCUGGCUUACACCCUGCUGGUAUGAGACUUGGAAACUGCUGGAACUCGCCUUCCUCCUCCUCGCCGUCUCCGUCGUCCUCCGAUCGCAAUGUGGUGGCGGCCGGCCUCAGCUUGCCCGCGCCACCCUUGUGCUUCGGUGCAGCCCACCGUUGGGCCUUCCCCGCCUUGCGCACCACACGGUAGACCUUGGGCUUGCCCACCAUAGCCGUGACGCUCAGGCCCUUCUUGUUGACGGUGCUGCAGUCGCCCCAGAAGAGCCAGUUGCAGACGCGUGUGCCUGGGGGUCGCAUGGCGUCGGGGAGGCUUUUUGGGGGGAUUUGGAUUGAGUACUUUUUGCCGCUGCCGGAUGAGCUCGUGACGACCAGCACGUCCGAGCCGCGGGAAAAGGCGUAGAUAUUGGGGGUGACCUGCAGACACACAGACACACAGACAGACAGACGGAGAAAGGGUGUUUGUUGUCUCUCGCUGCGUGAAUGUGUGUGGGGCGAGUGUGAUUGUUCGUACGAAUCUCUGUAUCUGUUCGCCUUCGAACAUGCCGCUGCGACGAAACUUCGCAAGCAGCUGAGUAGCUGACAUACCAUGCAGAUAUGCAUACCCAUCAUUCAUUUCAGCCGGUGUGUCUGUCUGUCUGGAUGAGCGUGCGUCGCCUGCGCACCUACCUCUAUACAGGACGUGCUCGGUGUUGUAUGGGUCCUCAUGCUUCCACAUGGGCACGCGCGAGCCGUGAUAGCGAGGUUCACCGCCGGAAGCGCCUGUGAGAUGAGAUCGAUCGCCACAUGCACUGCACACCACAUCUGCCCCACCCCGCCUGCCUCUUUGUUGCUCGCCUUGCCUUGUUCGUCGCCAUAAUAGAGCACGGGAAUGUGGACAGCGCACAUGAGCCACACGAGCGCAUUCAGGUAGGCCACCUGGUCGUUCCGCACGUGCAUAAACCUGGGGACGUCGUGAUUGUUGAUAAACAGAGCAGCCGCAUGCUUGUCGUCGAUAAGCGUCUUGGUGGCCGUCCAUGCGUCGACCACCACGCUCAUCGGCUGACGGCUGGCGAAGGCGCUACGAAGAGCAAAGGCCAGCGGGAAGUUGGUCACCUGCACGUUGAAUGCAAUGCGUGAAUGAAUGAAGCUGAGUCGGUUGGUUGACAGUUAGUUCAUCUCUUUCUCGCCCACCCCGGGAAUACGCUUCUGAUACUUCGCGACGUGCUUCACCUCUGGCACGAAGGUCUCGCCCUGCAGCCAUCCAUCCAUCCAUCCAUCCAUGAGAGGGAGGGGGAGCGACAUGGAGAGAGAGAAUGGAUGAAGGCCUGGCUGGCUGGCUACCUGCUUAUUACCAUGAUGUAGUAUUUGCUGCCGAUUUGUUUGCCGAUUUCGUCGAGGAAUACGUCACGAAGGUACGGGAUGGCGUCGGCACGGAAACCGUCUUGAGCGAUCGAUGAGUGAGUUGGCAGACAGCGAGACAAAAGAGCAACUGGUGGAUGUGGCCAGUCGAUUUCUUGAUUGUCUUGCCUACCGAAGUCGUAUUCCUUGGCUUCGUCCUUCACCUGCACACACACACAGACAGACAGACAGACAGACACACACAGAGCGAGAAGUGUGCGCAUCCAUCCAUCCAUUCAUGCGACACGGAGCCGCCCACCCAUUUGAUGAGCCAUUUGCGGACUUCUGUGUUGUCGUCGUUGAGGUCAGGGAGGUCCCACAGCUGGCACGACUGGAAGGUAUCGGGCUUGGUGAACUCCACGUGACAAUCAGAGGGGUGGAAGUGCUCCGGCUUGUUGAACGGAUGAAGGUGCUUACGAUUCUUCUCUGGACCCAUGUGAUUCAGCACUGCACAUAACAUACGCACACACGAAAGCACCCAGUGUGUGUUAACAUCGAUUGCCGGUGUAUGUGUGUGUCUACCGAUGUCAGCCAUGACCCAGAGGCCCUUUUGGUGUGCUUCUUCGGUGAGUUUCUUGAGCUGCCUCUUGCCGCCAAACUCAUCUGACACCUUGUUGUAGUUCCGCGGCCAGAAGCCGUGAUACCCACACUUGGUCUGCACACACACAGGCAAGCGUGGUCGGUCGACCAACGAUCAAAUGCUUCGAUACGCCUGGCAUACGUUUUGAAUGUGCGGCGAGAUCCAGAGGGCCGUCACCUGCGUGUUUGUCAUCGCAGCAGGCGAUGCGAUGAGAGGAUCAGCCAGCCGUGACAGUGAGUCAAUGAAUCGUGGUGUAUGUGUAUGUAUGUAUGUAUGUAUGUAUGGCUGACUGGCUUCAUUACCCCGAGCUCGGCGAUGUAGUCGAGCUUCCUCCUCAGCUCCUUGUAGCUCCCGCCGCAGAAGCCGCCCUCAGCACAGUCUGUCAUGACAGUCACAACACAAGACAGACAACACAGCAGAACCAACCGAGCAUGGAUGGCUCCUCGUCUUGCGGAUUUGUGUCCAUACCUGGGUCGCACGUCACUCCAGGGUCCUUGGCGGCGAAGCGGUCUGUAACCACCUGAUAGAUGAUGCUGAAGGAGGCAAAGACAGAUGCUCAGCGGGUCGUCGGCUGCGAGUUGCUCACCUUCGCCGUCCAACCCAGUCGUCGCGUGUGCGCGAUUUGCCGCCAACAAGGAGGUCACCAAAGCCCCACAGCAGAAACACGAAGACCGCGAGUAGAGUCGAGUGCAGCCGCCUCUUCCUCAUCCUCAUCGGCAGCGCUGUCUGGUUAACCUGCCGUGCAGGUGCUUUCUC